AUGUUCAGACGUAGUAUCCCCCAAUUCACAUUCCGCAGAUUUGCAUCCCACUAUGCUCCUUCCAAAUUCUUAAAGGACAAGAUGCCAAACAAGGCCAACCCAGAAGCAGGCAAAAAAUUCAUGCAAGAGUACGAAACCAAGGUCCACCAUUCCGAAGGUAUAACCAACUUGUGGAAGAAGUUGACCUAUUUAGUCGCUAUCCCAGCUAUCUUGUUAACUGCUAUUCCCGUCGCCAAGGUUGAGUUUUCUCAUGCUGAGCACAGAAAACACCAGGCUCAUUUGAGCGAUGAUGAGUGGCCUCAACAGUAUGAGUAUCAAAACAUCAGAUCUAAGCCUUUCUUCUGGGGCGAUGGUGACAAGACUUUGUUCUGGAACUCUGAUGUCAACAGACACGUAGAAAAGAGUUAA